AUGGAGGUUAUUCGCUCUGCUCCCCGCUCCCUUUUCCUUCCCGGCACAGACUCCUUGGCAAGGGUAAGAACGACGACGAAAGCCACUCCACCUCCCAAUUUCGGCACAUUCCACGAUGCUCCUCGGAAUUCCUCCCGGCCGAUCGUCGUCUGUGUAGCGAGGAAGGCGAGCGUGGAGAUCAAAGAGCCCAGCUUGGUGAUCCGAGAGCGGCAAUUGGGGAAGUUUCAGGUCUCCGAAGGGCAUCCCGCUCCGUUUGGUGCCACCGCUCGGGACGGCGGCGUCAACUUCUCUGUCUAUUCUUCCAAUGCCGUCGCCGCAGCUCUCUGCUUGAUUUCUCUGUCUGAUUUGUCCAAGGGUAGAGUGACGGCGGAGAUCCCUCUCCACCCAGUUGCGAACAAGACAGGCGACAUUUGGCAUGUGUUCCUGAAAGGGGAUUUCAAAGAUAUGCUGUACGGUUACCGUUUCGAUGGGAAGUAUGCUCCUGAACAAGGACAUUACUUUGAUCCCUCCAAGAUUCUUUUGGAUCCUUACGCAAGAGCAGUUGUAUCCAGAGAUGAAUUCGGGGUUGUAGCUCAGAAGGACAAUUGCUGGCCCCAAAUGGCCUGCAUGAUACCAGCCGCUGAAGACAAGUUUGACUGGGAAGGAGACUUGCCAUUGAAGCUUCCCCAGCGAGAGCUGCUAAUAUAUGAGAUGCAUGUUCGUGGGUAUACAAAGCAUGAGUCAAGCGGAGCUGAGAAACCUGGUACUUAUCUUGGCAUUGUGGAAAAGCUUGAUCACUUAAAGGAUCUCGGUGUGAAUUGCAUAGAAUUAAUGCCAUGCCAGGAAUUUAAUGAGUUGGAGUACUACAAAUACAAUUCGGUUAUGGGUGACUACAAAAUGAACUUUUGGGGAUAUUCAACUAUCAAUUUCUUUUCACCUAUGACGAGAUAUUCAUCUGCUGGUACACGUAAUUGUGGCCGUGAUGCCAUAAACGAAUUCAAGCUUCUUGUUAGAGAAGCACAUAAGCGAGGAAUUGAGGUGUUCAUGGACGUUGUUUUCAAUCACACAGCAGAAGGAAAUGAAAAAGGCCCUAUCCUUUCUUUCAGAGGGCUUGACAACAGUGUCUACUACAUGGUUGCUCCAAAGGGAGAGUUCUAUAAUUAUUCAGGCUGUGGGAACACAUUCAACUGCAACCAUCCUGUUGUGCGCCAGUUCAUAGUUGACUGCUUAAGAUAUUGGGUAUUGGAAAUGCAUGUAGAUGGAUUUCGCUUUGAUCUUGCUUCAAUUAUGACCAGGGGUAGUAGUCUAUGUGAUGCUGCUAAUGUAUUUGGAAGUCCAAUGGAAGGUGACUUGUUGACUACCGGAACACCUCUUGGCAGUCCCCCAUUGAUUGACAUGAUAAGCAAUGAUCCUGUACUUCGAGACGUAAAGCUUAUUGCAGAAGCAUGGGAUGCUGGGGGCUUGUAUCAAGUUGGUACCUUUCCUCAUUGGUGUAUUUGGUCAGAGUGGAAUGGGAAGUAUCGUGAUGUUGUCAGGCAGUUCAUUAAGGGUACAGAUGGCUUUUCUGGGGCAUUUGCUGAAUGUCUUUGUGGGAGCCCCAACUUAUACCAGGCAGGAGGCAGGAAACCUUGGAAUAGCAUCAACUUUGUGUGCGCCCAUGAUGGUUUUUCGUUAGCGGAUUUAGUUACCUACACCAACAAACAUAACUUGGCCAAUGGGGAAAACAACAAUGAUGGAGAAAACCAUAAUAAUAGUUGGAACUGUGGACAGGAGGGAGAGUUCGCGAGCAUUUUUGUGAAGAAAUUAAGGAAAAGACAAAUGCGGAAUUUCUUUCUCUGUCUCAUGGUUUCUCAGGGUGUUCCCAUGAUAUACAUGGGUGAUGAAUAUGGUCACACAAAGGGAGGGAAUAACAACACAUACUGUCACGACAACUAUAUAAACUAUUUUCGCUGGGACAAGAAGGACGAGGCAUCGUCAGACUUCUUCAGGUUUUGUCGCCUCAUGACCAAUUUCCGCCGGGAAUGCGAAUCUUUAGGCUUGAAUGACUUCCCAACUGCUGAGCGGCUACAAUGGCAUGGUCAUGCUGUUGGGGUGCCUGACUGGUCAGAAACAAGCCGAUUCGUUGGCUUUUCCCUGGUUGACGCGGUGAAGGGAGAGAUCUACAUCGGGUUCAAUGCUAGUCACCUGCCGGUAACCAUCUCACUCCCUGAACGUCCAGGAUACAGAUGGGAGCCAUUGGUCGACACGGGGAAAGCUGCACCGUUUGACUUCCUUGCCGAGGAUCUGCCUGGGAGAGAGGUGGCCAUUCAGCAGCUUGCACACUUCCUGGAUGGCAAUUUAUACCCAAUGCUCAGUUACUCUUCCGUCAUUCUCAUCUUGAAGCCCGACCUCACCAGUUGCAGCUGA